CGUUUUUCCCUUCUCUCCUUCAGAUACAUACACUGCACCGCCGUGAGCGACAUCUCCCCCCCAUUCCCACUACCCUACGCGACACGACCCGACUCGACACGACCCGACUCGACACGACCCGACUCGACACGAUGCGUUUCCUCCAUCUCCUGCCCGCCGCGGCACUACUGUUCGCGUCGUCGGUCUUCGCGCAAGACUCAUCGGCCGCGGCCUCGUCCGCCUCCUCCGAGGCCACCAGCACCGCCGUUACGACCACCACCGGCACCAGCAGCAGCACGGGCACCUCCACCUCGACCUCAUCGAGCAUCUCCGCGUCGUCGUCCUCCAUCGCGGACCCAGACGACGACCCAGCGACGCGGUGCCGACAAGACGGGAUAGUUGCAUUCCCGUUCUGUGCACCGGCGACGCACGAUAUCUGGCGCACCGACGGGAACUACUACGUCACGUGGGACAACGACGAGUGGGACAUGAACUCGACCGUGUACCUCACGCUGAACUACAAGACUAAGGGCGGGGCGGGACCUGUCGUCAAGGAGUGGACCAUUUCUAACGCGCUGGGGUUUUAUAGCAUCCACCCGGAGAAAGACUGGCUCCUGAACCAAACGCUGAAGGACGCGGGCCUGACCGAGUACGUCGACGAGCAAGAAGUGUAUUUCAUCGUGAGCAACGACCACGCGAGCACGUCGGGGGCGCGAGGUCCUCACUACGGUCCCGUCUUUGUCGUGACCUCGAACCCAGAGGCAGUACCAAUCGACACGUCGCCGAACAACCGGCCGCCGCCGUCGCUGCUGGGGCUUGCGGUGGGGCUGCCGCUGGUCGUAGGCCUGAUCCUGCUGAGUGUUUGUGGUACCCACUUCUGCAUGCGCAACCGACGGCAGAUCGGACCUAUUGCCAUCGGCGGUGGCAGGAGGCACUUCAAGAAGAAGGGAUACACUGGGAGGGAUGCGAGGAGGCAGCGUGCCCAUGUCGGCGGUGAGAAUACCUACAGGGACGAGCCCAUUGAUGAUCCUAUCGAGGAUGCGGGCAAUGCGAAGGCACGCAGGGAUUGGGAGCUUGCGAGUGUUAGGGGUGGCCGUGAGGGAAGCGCGCUUUGAUGAACGAUGGACGACGAAAAAGAAAAGUAUCAUGUGUUAUGAUGUGGUGGCGAUGGAGGGACUGUGAUGGAUGUGGAAUGAUGGAGAUCGGGGCGUACAUAUUUACCGCGCUGGGCACUUGUAUUGGCUCGGACGAGCUAUUUGUAAAUCGAUUGACAAAAGU